ACAGUUGAUUUGGAUGUGAAUUUCUUCUGCCCCCAAGGCGAAGUCCCAGGAGCUGGCCUCUCUAGUCUUAAUUCUAUUGCAGUGGAUUAUGCCGUGGUGAAGGAAGAGCCUCUUUGGAAAGUGGUGGGGCAGGGUAACUACCGAAUCAACAAGAAGUGUGAUCGAAGAUACACACGACGUCCUGUGCAUGAAAUCAUCUUCAGGGCAGUAGCAGAGGUGAGGAAAGAGAUGACCUACAAUGUGUUCAGUCAGAACUGCGAGCAUUUCGUCACUAAGCUGCGUUAUGGCAUUCCGGACUGUGACCAGGUCAGUGAUGGUGUUGACUUGGCUGGAACAGCCAUUGCUGGUAUCGUAGGCAUUGGGGCCAUAGCAUUUCUGGUCUCCAAAGUGGUUGAAAGAAGACGUCGUGAUCCCUGCAACAAGAGGGAAAGAGAGCUUUUGCUGGAAACUGAACCAGAGGGUCCUUCAGGCAGAACUACUGGCACCACCUUCCUAUAACUCUGUUUCACAUAAAGAUGUUAGUUCGGUCAGUUGAGGUACAGCAGCUGAGAAAGUUGUAUGCUUCCGCAUUAGAAUAUAGUCCCAAGCAGACACGAGAAUUAUCAUUCACUUCUAUGCGCUGUCUUUGUCAAAACCAUUAUUUUGUACAUUAUUGAACAUGGUGCUUUGAUACAAGAACAUUUAUGCCAACACGUAUUUUUACUUUCAAACCUUCAAACGGAUUGGGGGAGCAGAAGUAGGUAGGCACUAGGACCCAGAUGGAGCAUUCGACAACAAAGAAGAUCCGGCAUGCUUUGUUCUGUGGUGGCGGAAUUAACAAUCUAGAAGAAGAAGAGUUUGGAUUUAUAUCCC